GCAUGCGUAGGCGGCCCGCCUCGGGCCAGUUGAGAGCAAGGUGAACGCGGAAGUACGGGAUAUAAGGUUUUUCUGGCUGCUCUGACUGUGGUGGGGCUACUGGUCCGAGAUGGAGGCGGACGCAGCUGCGGGAGAUGGUCGGGACGGUCCCCGGCAGCGGCUGGGCUUGGGUGAAGCUGGGAGGCAACAGCAGAACCACGAAGUGCGGUCUCAGCCCCGGGCUGACCAGUUUCCAAAGCAUUCCUACUGGUUGGAUCUCUGGCUCUUCAUCCUCUUCGAUGUAGUAUUGUUUAUCUUUGUGUAUCUUUUACCAUGAAUGGUUUGCCUGAUGUCUAGAUUAAGAAGUUGGCUCCUGGAGUGGAUUCUGAACAUGACUACAAACUUUUUGAACAAAGAAGACAGGAUUGUGCAACAGAAUUUCAAACUCUGAGGGACUUUCAUUUCACAUACUCUUGUUAUUUCUUUUGGGAACCAUAUAUUUAAUGGGUAGUGCUAAGUUCUUAAAACUACUCUUUGAUUCAUGAUUAAAAACUUUUCAAACAUCUGAUGGCUUUAUAGGGGCUGAUGAUGAAGCAUUUACGGAAAGGUUUAGUGUAUUAAGAAAUAUGGUAAUGUCUUGCCUUUCACAUUUUAAGGGUAAGGGUUAGCGACGGUUUAGUAUGAUGUGAAAAUGUGGUGAAAUAUUAAGAUGAAAUAUUUAAAAGUAAAUUACUUAAAAGCAAGGAAAAGAAAAAGGAGUUAAGAGCUGUACAGAAAAUGCAGGCCCACAAUGUAUUGGCUGUAAGUACCAGUUUAAUUUUUAGAUUAAGUCAGCCUCUGUUAUGGUUGCCAGAUUGAUAACAAUCUCAGAGAAAGUAUAUAAUAUCCAGCACUGGAAAUCUAACGUGCAUGUCCUCUUACCUGGAUGCUUCCCCUCGCUUCCUUUUAAGUUCUUGAACUUCCCUAAAAUAGGACUGUGUUUGAAACCUAUUUUUUAUUAUUGUGGUUGUAUUAAAAAUGCUUGUGACCAAAAUAUGUCUUUUUUAUAAUGUCUGUACCUUAAAUACUUCAGCAAAGUCAUUUCAACAAAUAUUUGAGUACUUACUCUGGGCCAGGUACAGUAGUAAGCAAAAAAGACAAAAAUCCUUGCCUUCAUGGAACUUACAUUCUUUUAUUUAUCUUUAGUAAGAAUUUACAUUCUAGGAGUGAUCAGCUAGUGUUUAAUCAGAAAGGUCACACUCCCAAAGCAGCUACUAAAAGCCCUUCAGAAGCUCUUCCUAUUAUAUGACACAUACUCCUUUAUGUAGCAGAUGUUAGAAACGGGCUUUUGAAAUUGGUGAUAUUUGAUACAUGCUCAUUGCCUAAAUAUUUGAGGAUAUUCACCUCCCUUAGAAACAGGGCAUAGAUCUGGUAAACUCUAUAUAGACCCUCUCUCUUUUAGAAUGGCAUUAGAAUGAAAUCCAGGACUGACUUUGGAAGAUUUUUAGUUGCUUAUUGCCCACUACAAGGUAACAAUUAUGCCUCCAGGGUAUUGUUGGAUCUACUUGGAGAGAACCUUUUAUACAAAGGUUGAUGCAUCUAAAGAAACACAAAACUGGGAUUUCAUUGAGUAUAUCAAACGGUAUGAACUGUUUUUCUGCUGCUUGCUAAUUUUGUCCAAUAAAUGUUUAUUAUAUAGCUAAA